AUGUUCGAGUCGGACGCGACCCUCCUCUUGGUUGCAGCGUGCGGCCUCGUCCUUCUGCGCCCGUCCGAUGUGCCUCUGCUCGCCAGGUACGCGGGUCGUGCUACUGGCAUUGGAGUACGAAGCUUACGUGGUCUCCGCGAUGCGACCGAUGCUGCAAUGAAGGAGGGUGAGUCGGUUUUCGCUCAGCACGCUGGGAAUGGAGUGGGCAGUGGUCUCCGCGAGUCCCUUUCAAAGUUUGAUUCGUUGCGGACAACAUUAAGUAGGGAUGUCGCGCGUUUCGCGCCGUUCGACAAGUUGAAUAGAGGCAUCGCAGGUGCCAUGCGUCAAAACGCCGCGAAGCCCGUUCUGCAUGGAAAGAGUGAACGGAAUGAUGCCACAAGCUCACCUAACUUGACUUCAACGACAUCAAAAUUGUUAACAACGGUCCAUCGUACCGAAACUAGCACGGGGGAGCAGACUGCCGGAGUAGACUUCAUAGCUCGAUCCAUUGAGGAGGCCGCCCUUGCAAGACAGCAGGAGCGAGUCUUCGGCAAAACGCUUCACGAUGAGAAUCAGUCAGAAUGUGAGACUCGUCCCAACGACUUCGAUCCCCGAAGUCGUGGAUAGAUCCCGUUUUAAUGUUACUAUGUUAUCGCCUAGUGAGGCUCGUGUUGUACAAUAAACAUCCACAGAAAGCUACUUUGUUUGUCUGUCGAUUAUGUUUGUCUU